CAGACACUCAGUCAGACUCUUGAGGUCCAGUCAGACCAGACAGACACGAUGGGAGUAGAGAAUGUGGAGCUGGAUGUGGGAGACUCGACUCUGAUGAGUAGCACCAAGAAACCUCCCAAGGUUCGGCCUCCCAACAUGUUUGAGCGCAUCAUCCAGCCCUGCCUGGCAGAGGUGGUGGGCACCAUGUUCUUCGUCUUUAUCGGGUGUGUGUCGGUCAUCGAGAACGUUGAGUCUGCAGGCAGGGUACAGCCGGCCCUAGUCCAUGGCCUGGCAGUUGCCGUCAUGGUGGCAUGCAUGGAUCAGAUCAGGUAGGACUCACCUGUACUGACCUGGUUGAUCUUACCUCAAAUGCCUUUUUCUUGCAACUUGAAUCUCUGGUUGCAGCAAGCUAAUGGUAUGCUGUCUAGAUCAUUUUGGGUUCUCUCAAAAUAUAAAUUGGAAUAUAUUUUGGAUAAAAUAUAUGUAUGAACAUUGUUUUGUUAUAGACAUAAAUAAUGUAAUAACUAAAUCAUUGUCCAGGCAUUUAUUUUCAUGCAACUUAAUCCUUCUCUUCAUGCAGUGGAUCCCAUUUCAAUCCUCCCUUCACCAUUGCCAUCUACCUGUGUGGCGGCAUGCAACUGUUCAUGGUCAUCCCAUAUCUUAUCAGCCAGUUAAUAGGAGGGGUGCUGGGAGCUGCCAUGUCAAAGGUCAGUUGAGUUAUUAAUGUUCAUCAGUUGAGUUAUUAAUGUUCACCUGCGGUAACCUCUAAUGAGCAGUUACAGUGGUACAAAUGGAGAACAGAUUAUAAUUCUAUAGUGGAAAGGAUAAUCUCUUCCACCAGCCGGCUCUCUUUGAGCCAGGGUACAAGGUUAGGGAAAGACAUGCUUAUAAAGUUAAGAAAAUCAAUCAAUUAAUCAAUCAAUUAUUUGUAUAGGCCCAGCACUUUUUAUGAAUAGAUUUGUCACUAAUGUGAAGUGAUGUCCUGCUGUGCUUAGCACCUGCAAUAUGUAGGUCAGCAGUUGACUUAAGUAUACUGUUCCUCAGAUGAUGACAUCAAAGGAGAACUAUGCCAAUGCCACCGGCGCGGCGUUUACCAUCCUCCAAUCAGAGGACCAGCUGGUGGGGGCCAUCUUUGGAGAGAUCGCCAUGACAUGCCUGGUUUCCAUGGUAGUGUUGCUAGGGGCGGUGAACGCAAAGAGCAAAAGUCCCAUGGUGCCUUUCCUGGUAGGCUCUACUGUCAUCAUCAACAUUCUGGCAGGGUGAGCUAAGAUAAUAUAUUAAUUGAAUUUUACAAUAUUGAAGAAUAUAAUAUUACAUUUUUAAGUCUGACCUAUGAAAUCUAGACUAUUCCAAUACCAACAUGCUCAGAAUUCACCAAUAGUCAGUUUCAUUUACAUUGUCAAGUUUGUAUCAUGUGCCUGAUAAUGUCCCCUUUACCAAACAGCAUCUCUGUGUACUCUGGGGGUGGGGAUCACUGUUAUCUUAGAUAUUUGUGUGUGUGCAACACUAAACCAGUCUGUGUGUUGGUGCAGAGGGGAUGUGUCUGGGACCUGUCUGAACCCAGCCAGGGCUCUGGGGCCAGCAGUGAUGGCCAACUACUGGACCUACCAUUGGGUUUACUGGGCUGGUCCUAUCGCAGGAGGUCUACUGGCAGCAGGACUAGUGAGGUGAGAGCGAGGCCAUCACAUAAAAUAUGUUAAACCUGUGAUAUGUUUUUAUUUAUUUAUUCAAAUUCCAUUUUGAAGGAUACAAGUUCAAAUGUAUUACAAACAUCUAUAGAUCCUUCUACAGUGUGGUUAAUAUACUGUAUACUGAAGACCAAAUUUUGCAGUAGCAAGUUGACUUUGUAAAGGUAAAUGAGGAGACGUUAAAGGUUUAAUGCAGAGCUUUCUGGAUACAGGUAGUCAUGUAAAAAUGCAAAGGGUAAUGGCACCAGGGGCUAAAAGGCCAAGGCCAAUAGCAUGGUGGCUAAAGAGCAUGGCGAAAAGGCCAAGGCCAAUAGCAUGGUGGCUAAAGAGCAUGGCGAAAAGGCCAAGGCCAAUAGCAUGGUGGCUAAAGAGCAUGGCGAAAAGGCCAAGGCCAAUAGCAUGGUGGCUAAAGAGCAUGGCGAAAAGGCCAAGGCCAAUAGCAUGGUGGCUAAAGAGCAUGGCUAAAAGGCAAAUGGCCAAAAAGGGCAAUUAUGCUUUUGGGUCUCAGUUGGUAGAGCAUGGCGCUUGCAGCGCCAGGGUUGUGGGUUCGAUUCCCACGGGGGGCCAGUAUGAAAAAUGUAUGCACUCACUAACUGUAAGUCGCUCUGGAUAAGAGCAUCUGCUAAAUGACUAAAAUGUAAAUGUAAAAUGUAGAUAGUCAUUCUGAAUUAUGUAAACAUCAUUACAGACGUUGGUAGAUAUGAAACUGAUAGAACAAUUACAAAAGUUAGACUUCUGCUACUUUGUCAUGUUGUCCGGAACAGAGUGGCUUUCAGCAUUUUAGCAAGUUCAAGGUUUAAUUGUCAGUUCCUGAGGCCACAGCCACCAAGUCAUAAUUAUGGCUAAACCCCACCUAUUUCUACAGUUUAUCUUCUUAAAAUCAGAAUUUAACCUUAACCACACAGCUAAUCUUAUGCCUUUUUUGUUUUCUAACUAUACAGCCAAUUUUGACUGAGCUGUGGUAACUAGUGACAACAUCUGGGUCAAAGGGAUUUAUGGAAAACGCUUUUAUAUAUUAGACCGUUUGAAGUGACAUGUAAUCGAUUAGGCAGGCUAAUUAUAUUAGGCAGGCAGGCUAAUUACAUCGAACAAAAAUAUAUACACAACAUGUAAAGUGUUGGUGUCUUGUUUCAUGAGCUGAAAUACAAGAUCCCAGAAAUGUUCCAGACCACAAAAAGCUUAUUUCUCUCACGUUCUGUGCACAAAUUUGUUUACAUCUCUGUUAGUGAGCAUGUAUCCUUCGCCAAAAUAAUCCAUCAACCUGACAGGUGUGGCAUAUCAAGAAGCUGAUUAAACAGCACGAUCAUUACACAGUUGCACCUUCUGCUGGGGACAAUAAAAGGCCACUCUAAAAUGUGUAGUUUUGUCAGACAACACAAUGCCACAGAUGUCCCAAGUUUUGAGGGAGCGUACAAUUAGCAUGCUGACUGCAGGAAUGUCCACCAGAGCUGUUGCCAGAGUAUUGAAUGUUAAUUUCUCUACUAUAAGCCGCCUGCAAUGUCAUUUUAGAGAAUUUGGCAGUACUUCCAACCGGCCUCACAACCGCAGACCACGUGUAACAACGCCAGCGCAGGACCUCCACAUACGGCUUCUUCACCUGCGGGAUCGUCUGAGACCAGCCACCCGGACAGCUGAUAGAACUGUGGGUUUGCACAACCAAAUAAUUUCUGCACAAACUGUCAGAAACCGUCUCAGGGAAGCUCAUCUGCGUGCUCAUCGUCCUCCCCAGGGUGUUGACCUGACUGCAGUUCGGUGUUGUAACCAAGUUCAGUGGGCAAAUGCUCACCUUCCAUUGCCACUGGUACGCUGGAGAAGGGUGCUCUUCACAGAUGAAUCCCGGUUUUAACUGUACCGGGCAGAUGGCAGAAAGCGUGUAUGGCGUCAUGUGGGCGAGCGGUUUGCUGAUGUCAAUGUUCAAAGUUCUGAGUGCCCCAUGGUGGCGUUGGGGUUAUGGUAUGGACAGGCAUAAGAUAUGGAUAAUGAACACAAUGCAAUUUAUCUAUGUCAAUUUGAAUGCCAAUGCAACGCCGCCAUCACUCUGUUUCAAAUCAAAUGUAUUUAUAUAAGCCCUUUUUACGAGAGAGAGAUGAGAGAAGAGAGAAGGAGAAGAACCAGACCGAGGGGGGAGAGAGAUGGGGAGAGAGAGACGAGAGAGAGAGGCCGUGAGCGAGAGAGAGAGGAAGAGACGAGAGUGAGAGAGAGAGAGAGAGAGAGAGAGAGCUGGAGAGAGCAGCGAGAGAGAGAGAGAAGAGAGAGAGAGAGACUAUAAAAUACUCGGCCUAAACAUCAGCGCCACAGGUAGCUUCCACAAGCGGUGAUCGAUCUUAGAGACAAGGCAAGAAUGGGCCUUCUAUGCUUGCAUCAAAAGGAACAUAAAAUUUGACAUACCAAUUAGGAUCUGGCUAAAAUACUUGAAUCAGUUAUAGAACCCAUUGCCCUUUAUGGUUGUUAGGUCUGGGGUUCGCUCACCAACCAAUAAUUCACACAAUGGGACAAACACCAAAUUGAGACUCUGCAUGCAGCAUUCUGCAAAAAUAUCCUCUGUGUACAACGUAAAACACCAAAUAAUGCAUGCAGAGCAGAAUUAGGCCGAUACCCGCUAAUGAUCAAAAUCCAGAAAAGAGCCUACAACUACUUAAAGUGAAGCGAUUCCCAAACCUUCCAGAACAAAGCCAUCACCUACAGAAAGAUGAACCUGGAGAAGCAAGCUGGUCCUGGGGCUCUGUUAACAAACACAAACAGGACCCACAGAGCCCCAGGAUAGCAACACAAUUAGACCCAACCAAAUCAUGAGAAAACAAAAAGAUAAUUACUUGACACAUUGGAAAGAAUUAACAACAUAACAGCGCAAACUAGACUGAGGGAUAUCAACAGACCACCAACUUACUACCCUGAGACAAGGCUGAGUAUAGCCCACAAAGAUCUCCUCCACUGCACAAGCCCGAGGGGGCGCAAAACCGGACAGGAAGAUCACGUCAGUGAUUCAACCCACUCAAGUGACGCACCCUUCCCAGGGACGGCAUGGAAGAGCACUAGUAAGCCAGUGACUCAGCCCCCGUAAUAGGGUCAGAGACAGAUAAUCCCAGGGGAGAGAGGGGGAGCCGGCCAGGCAGAGACAGCAAGGGCGGUUCGUCACUCCAGUGCCUUGCCGUUCACCUUCGCACCCCUGGGCCAGACUACACUCAAUCAUAGGACCUACUGAAGAGAUGAGUCUUCAGUAAAGACUUAAAGGUCGAGACCGAGUCUGCGUCCCUCACAUAGGCAGACCAUUCCAUAAAAAUUUAACUCUAUAGGAGAAAGCCCUGCCUCCAGCUCUUUGCUUAGAAAUUCUAGGGACAAUAAGGAGGCCUGUGUCUUGUGACCGUAGCGUACCUGUAGGUAUGCAAUCCAUGUAAUGCGUUUCAGCAUGAUAAUGCACGGCCCCAUGUUGCAAGGAUCUGUACACAAUUCCUGGAAGCUGAACAUGUUCAAGUUCUUCCAUGGCCUGCAUACUCACCAGACAUGUCACCCAUUGAGCAUGUUUGGGACGCUCUGGAUCAACGUGUACGACAGCGUGUUUCAGUUCCCACCAAUAUCCAGCAACUUCGCACAGCCAUUGAAGAGGAGUGGGACAACAUUCCACAGCCCACAAUCAACAGCCUGAUCAACUCUAUGCUAAGGAGAUGUGUCGCGAAACGGUGGUCACACCAGAUACUGACUGGUUUUCCGAUCCACACCCCUACCAAUUUUCUUAAGGUAUCUGUGACCAACAGAUGCAUAUCUGUAUUCCCAGUCAUGUGAAAUCCAUAGAUUCGGGCCUAAUUAAUUUAUUUCAAUUGUUAUUGAUUGAUUUCCUUAUAUGAACUGUAACUCAGUAAACUAUUUGAAAUUGUUGCAUGUUGCGUUUAUAUUUUUGUACAUUAGGCAGGUAUAUUAGGCAGGCUUAUCAUAUUAAGCAAAAAUAUGUGAGGAUGUGGUCGUCCUCGAUCUUGGUUGUAGUCUUGGCAUCCUGGUUUGCCCCCACAAUACCUUAUGCUGCUAGUGUGAUAUCUCCUGGUUUGCCCCCACAAUACCUUAUACUGCUAGUGUGAUAUCUCCUGGUUGGCCCGCACUACACCUUAUACUGCUAGUGUGAUAUCUCCUGGUUUGCCCCCACAACACCUUAUGCUGCUAGUGUAAUAUCUCCUGGUUUGCCCCCACAAUACCUUAUGCUGCUAGUGUGAUAUCUCCUGGUUUGCCCCCACAACACCUUAUACUGCUAGUGUGAUAUCUCCUGGUUGGCCCCCACAACACCUUAUACUGCUAGUGUGAAAUCUCCUGGUUGGCCCCCACAACACCUUAUACUGCUAGUGUGAUAUCUCCUGGUUGGCCCGCACUACACCUUAUACUGCUAGUGUGAUAUCUCCUGGUUGGCCCCCACAACACCUUAUACUGCUAGUGUAAUAUCUCCUGGUUGGCCCCCACAACACCUUAUGCUGCUAGUGUGAUAUCUCCUGGUUGGCCCGCACUAUACCUUAUACUGCUAGUGUAAUAUCUCCUGGUUGGCCCCCACAAUACCUUAUGCUGCUAGUGUAAUAUCUCCUGGUUGGCCCGCACUACACCUUAUACUGCUAGUGUAAUAUCUCCUGGUUGGCCCGCACUACACCUUAUACUGCUAGUGUGAUAUCUUUAUCCGUGUUGUUAAUUUAUGUUGUGACUAAAAGACCCCUUUCCUUUUCCAGACUUGUGCUUGGAGAUGAGAAGACACGAAUCAUCAUGAAGUGACAUCCUGUCCAUGUCCACCUCACUGUGAAAAACAUUUAACCAACUGGGUCAUUCCAUCAAUUCGGUGCCUUUUGAGGAGUAUAAUUUUGUAUUACUUUUUUUGAAUAAAUUGAACAGUGGUGGAAAAAGUACCCA